GGGUUUCAGACUCUCCGAAAUUCGCUCUCUUUCCUCAAAAAUUUCGAUUCGAGAAAUCUUUUUUGAAGCUAGAUUUUUUUUUUCAGCGAGUUUUUCGGUUAGAAAUUGGGAAAAUCGGGACUUCGCUUAGAUUGGAUGACGCAGUUGAUGAGAUCGGGAAAUCCGACGCCGGAACCCGAAGCUUGCCGGGAGAAGGCGCCGGUUAAAUUGGAGAUCGUGGAGGAUUCUUUAGAGGAAAAACAUGGACCUGUUAAUAAACGGUCCAAACUUUCUCGAAAUCUUGAACAGUGGAACUGCGAUGCCAAUGCUUUCCCGAUCCCACCAGCGCAAUACAAUCCGUUGGAUGAACCGAGCCCACUUGGUUUGAAGCUAAGGAAGAGUCCUUCACUUUUGGAUUUGAUCCAAAUGCGUCUCUCUCAAUCACAAACCAGUGGCUCAGCUGCCGAAGCUGAAAAUUCCAAUUCUGGAGUAAAAAGGGAGAUUAAAGCUGAUGCCGCUACCGAUAAGCUUAAAGCCUCGAAUUUUCCAGCUUCUAUUCUUCGAAUCGGCCACUGGGAGUAUAAGUCGAGGUAUGAAGGGGAUUUAGUUGCCAAGUGUUAUUUUGCAAAGCAUAAGCUUGUUUGGGAGGUGUUGGAAGGUGGGCUUAAGAGUAAGAUUGAAAUACAAUGGUCCGAUAUUAUGGCUAUUAAGGCAAAUUGUCCUGAGAAUGGACCCGGGACUUUGAAUGUUGUGCUGGCUAGACAGCCCCUUUUCUUCAGGGAGACUAAUCCACAGCCUCGAAAACACACCUUAUGGCAGACAACAUCAGAUUUUACUGAUGGUCAAGCUAGCAUACAUAGGCAACAUUUUCUGCAGUGCCCCCAAGGUUUGUUGAACAAACAUUUCGAAAAACUGAUCCAGUGUGACAUGCGUUUGAACUGCUUAAGCAGACAGCCAGAGAUAAUUUUGGAUUCACCGUACUUUGAAUCACGGAAUACUGCUUUUGAGGAUCCUGGUGAACGUAAAGGAUCAACUAGCUCUGGCUUCCAGAAUAUGGCAUCGCCUGCUGCAGCUCACUCUUCGUCCUUUGAGAUUGAGAGAGGGGAUUCUGCUGCCAUAACCUCGGAAAACAUUUCCAGGGAAGCUCCAUCCCCUAGUUCAGUGAUAGAUUAUCGUGGCAACGAGGGAAGUGGAGUCUGUGAAGCAGUGGAUUCAAAGGGGCCAAGAAAUUGGGACCAGAUAAAAGUGCCUGGACUUCACCCGUCUAUGUCCAUGAGUGAUCUUAUGAACCAUAUUGGACACCGACUUUCAGAACAUAUGACCUCCGAAAAUCCAUCCUCUGAGAACAGACCAGACUGCCAGGAAAUGCUGGAGGAUAUAGCACAAUACCUUCUCAGUGACACUCAAUUUACAACGGCCUCUGAUGAGAAAUCCCUCAUGUCAAGGGUCAAUUCUCUCUGUUGUCUUCUGCAGGAGGGUACAACCGGCUCAAGCUCACAGGCUAACGGAGAAAAUUACAAUGGACCCGAUGAUGGAGAAGAUGAUCAGCUUAUAAACAAAACUAAUGGCUUUGAGUUCAAUAUUGCAGCCAAGGAUGAUGCAAAAGCUUUCGAAGAUGAAACAAAAGAAGUCUCUAGUGGCAGGCAGGCACCAGGCAUGUCAAGAAAAGACUCGUUUGGUGAAUUGCUGCUUCAUCUUCCCCGAAUCGCUUCUCUCCCGAAGUUCUUGUACAACAUUUCAGAAGAUGGAGAGCGACAAGCCAGAUAAGAUAGUUUUCUUGUCCGUGGACUGUUUAAAACAACUCAUAAAAUAUCAAGGGAAUUCCCCAGUCACCCUCUCUUUAGUUGGAAAAAUGUGAUAUCGCUCGUCUAUUAUAUUAAGGGGUGUGUUGAGGAGGGAUGCUUGCACAAUGGGGUUUUCCAGGAUUCGGAGGAUUCUUUUGAUGAAGAAUCCCAUAUAAGGUCCUCAGGUGGUGGUAGCAAAUAUGUUAUUUGAUGUAAUAUCUAAAGCAGGUUGCUGGUUCUGUUUUAAGUUGCAAGUAAAUUGUUAAUUGAUAUCUGCAGGUUCUCAUUCUCAUUUUCCAUUUUUGAUUCACACCUUUUUUGUUUGAUUGGUUUUGAGAGGAUCCGUGGACAUGCUUUUUAGGAUGUUACAUGUGAAAAGGCAAAAUGUCCACACUGAUGAAGCAUCUUUUGAUCAUUAUUGGUGAGAGACAAAAAG